UCUUGUAUUUUCCGUUGUUGGAGUGUGUGAAGAGGCUGCUGAUGCUAGCAGUGUGGUCAGCAGCAGAGUGCUUCAGGCGAACCCUCCUCCGUCUCUUUAGGGAUCCUCAGACAAAUGAUUGACUGUCUGGUGGUCUCACUGAAUGACCCAUGGCUGCACCCUGACACUAUCUUCUGUUCAGCCUCCGUCCUCCAACCCCCCCAUCCAGCUCCUCUUCCCUCCUCCUCAACCUGUGGCCUAUUUAUACCCUGGAGACUCAGAAGAGCCCAUUAAAGCUCCACGGACCUCUCCAGCAAGAGACAUCAGUGAGCAUGAGUCCAUGUGGCCGGUGUGAUCUCUAGCCUCAUCACGCUUUCCUUGACAGCUACGAAUAAGGAAACUAAGGAUUUAACUACAGGAAAUUCUUGAAAUACAACAAGACUAAAGCUGCAUGAGCUGACAAACUGAUAUUUCAUUGUGGAGAAGACAGUUUGCAGCUGCAGCAGAUUUGGGAAACUGUGGAUGCAGCAUGUGCUCGGGUCUACAGACUGGAAUUUGGGUCCUAUUUAGCUGAAAUACACUUAUUAAUAACAUUUGUUUACGGACUCAGUUGUCUAAAUUAUGAAAUUUGGGCAAGGCAACUGAAAGACAUUACCUUGUAAAUGGCUCACACAUCUGAAGUUCUUCUCCACCCCCAGCCAUGAGCUAAGCACCCGCCACCCUGGGCAUCCCUUACAGGAUGACUGCUGUCUGCCCCUCCGAGAGCAGCCCAGAAGGGGCUGAAGCCGGGGCCGGGACAGCAGGCUGUAGGGGGCCGGGGGCAGCGGGCACCGCCAGGAGCAUCUCAGUCUCUGGCACAGAGACCGGGGACUCUAAUGGAGAGUCUGUCUGUGGAUCAGUAGGAGGCACAGCCGUGGUCCCCGGUGGCCAUAGGUACGCCCGCUGGAGCCGCCAGGACAGCUCAGACAUCAACACGGACGAUGAGGGAGCCACGAUCCGCCGCCUCACUCCGCUGGAGAGGCUGAACCUGGAUAUGUGCCAGGAUGAAAGGGUGGUCCGUGAGUUAACGGUGGGCAGAAGAAUCGGCUUCUACAAAAUUCGAGGAGAGAUCGGCUGUGGAAAUUUCUCCCAUGUCAAGCUAGGAAUUCAUGCCCUCACCAAAGACAAAGUGGCCAUAAAAAUCCUCGACAAAACCAAGCUGGAUCAGAAGACCCAGAGGCUGCUGUCAAGAGAGAUCUCCAGCAUGGAGAAACUGCACCAUCCCAACAUCAUACGCCUCUAUGAGGUGGUGGAGACGUUGUCACGGUUACACCUGGUGAUGGAGUAUGCAGGAGGAGGGGAGCUCUACACCAAAAUUACUACUGAGGGGAAACUUUCUGACACUGACAGCAAGCUCGUCUUUGCUCAGAUCCUCUCUGCUGUUAAACACAUGCAUGAAAACAACAUCAUCCACCGUGACCUGAAGGCAGAAAAUGUCUUCUACACCAGCAGCUCUUGUGUCAAGGUGGGGGACUUUGGCUUCAGCACGCUGAGCCGCCGCAGCGAGACACUCAACACAUUCUGUGGCUCCCCACCUUACGCCGCCCCCGAGCUCUUUCGGGAUGAGCACUACGUUGGCGUCUUUGUGGACAUCUGGGCCCUGGGGGUGAUGCUGUUCUUCAUGGUGACGUGCACCAUGCCAUUCAGGGCAGACACUGUAGCCAAACUGAAGCGCUGCAUCCUGGAGGGGGCCUACAUCAUCCCCUCGUGGGUGCCUGAGGCAUGCCAGAGGCUGAUCAGGGGAAUCCUCCAACCCAUACCGUCUGACCGCUUUACAGUGGAGCAGAUGAUGGGCUGUGAGUGGCUGCUUCCUGUGGACUUCCCACGUGCCAUGGAGCCCUUUAAACUAGACCCAUCCCACCUAGCAGAGGGUGAUCCAUCUGAACUUGCGGAGGAAGAUAUGGAAGUAAAAGCAGCACUGGAGACACUGGGAAUCACCCUGGAACACAUCCUCAACAACCAGGGGAAAGACUGCAGGAGCUCCAUCACAGGCGUCUACAGGAUCCUGCUGCACCGCGCUCACAAGAAGCGGGCUGUUGAGAGCAUGCCUGCGGUCACAAAGGUCGCUGGGCCAACUACAACCAGCAAAAAGGAACGGCUAAAAGUGUACCGCAGUUUAAGGCACACUUCUAAGCUCUGUGUGAUUCUGUGACAAAAUGCUCUGCUUUGCUCUGGACUUAAUAGCUUGGGAUGAGAUUGCAUGGAUUUAAUUAGAAAUAAAAAAUUUAAAAAGUGCUCUACAGUCCAGCAGUUUAACUUGAAACCAUGGUAUAUAACUCCACUCAGCUUCUGAAAUCUGGGAUUUCUUACUUUAGUAUCUUUCUUCUAGUAAGUGAUAUUAGUCUCUGUGAGAAUGUUGCUGCAGGUGAAUCAUUAUUGUCUCCCUUUUUGACAGGGACAUGGACCUGUAAUACUAUAAUUAUAAUAAUGUUAUGAAGUGAUUUAUUUAUGUUAACAUAAUGAUGAUGAGAUGGCACACGUAUCUUUUAAUUUGGGUCAUGCAGGCCAGAUAUUUAUAGUCCACUCAUUCUCUGUUGUGCAGGAUCACCACUAAACCCUAUGAGAAAUCAAUGUAGCAUCAGUCUUAAGGAAAAAAAGAAAUCCACCACAUUAUGCUGAGCGGUGAAACAUGCAGUCAGUACAUGAAAUACAGUGUCUUUACUGUUUAAAUGCACUUUUCUUCGAUGCCUUAGUUUUCUAUCAUGUUAUGAAACCAGCCAGACUGGUUUCAUUAUACUCCUUAACGUGUGUGAUGACAUGAAUAGAGAGUUCACAUCUCACCUUCUUAUGUGAUGUAUCUCUAUGAGAUGUUCCUGCUGUCAGACCGGUUAACAUGAAUGACCUCACUCUGUUUUUCCUGUGGCUCCAUAAAGCCAAUAAAUGUCAUUAAAGUGCAAAUACAGACAUAUCAACCACCAAAGUUAUCAGUUGUUCAUGUGGCAAAAUCCAUUUUCAGUUCAACAGUUUCUGUAAUUAUUUUUUUUUUAAAUCAUCUGAUGCCAUGUUCAUGCUCAUGUGUUGAUUAAAAUACAUGUAAAUUUAAA